UCAACCAGUUUCACUUUCAGAAAUAGGAAGUUCACGGGGAAGGGCCGGCGAGCGCCCAGACGCGCGCGAGGGACGCGGGACGGCAGCAUGAGCUGCCCAGCUGGCAGCAUGAGCCCGGGAUCGCCCCUUCCUCUGGCUUUGAGAAGCGCGGUGGCAUAGAUCACCGCAUCCACCGCAUCCACCGAGGAUGGAGCAGUUUGUCCGGAAGCGUUUGACCUUUCUGACGUCCUUCUGGAACAAGCUUCGUCCCCGCUCCGUGCCGGAGAGCUGCUCGCUGGGGUAUCUUGGUUCCGAUUCUGUUUCGCUGCACUCGGAGCCGAACUCCAUUUCCUUCAUCCCCAAGUCCUCUCUCUUUAUCGCUUUAUACGCUUUCACAGCCCGGAGUGCAGAGGAACUGAGCGUAAGCGCAGGGGACAAACUGCGUGUCCUCAGAGAAGAAGGAGAGUAUGUCUUAGCCCGGCGGCUGCUCGGGGAGCCGGCCAUGGGGUACGUUCCUGCUGCGUACGUGGCCAACCUCAGCCACGGCACCUCCGCUCACCGGCCCUGGUACUUCAGCAAGAUCAGCCGAAACGAAGCGGAGCAGCUCCUCCUCUCGCCUCCCAACCAGCACGGCUCCUUUCUUGUCCGGGACAGUGAGAGCAGCAAGGGCGAGUACUCUCUCUCAGUGCGCAACCACACGAAGGUCAGCCACUUCCGAAUCUGCAAGAGCCCCGGGGGCAGCCUGUACAUACAGAAGGGACAUCCCUUCCCCAACAUGGAGGAGCUCCUCGCCUUCUACACCGAGCACUGGAAGGUCAUCCAGAGCCCCUUGCUGCAGCCCUGCAGCCCCGCGACCCCCCCUGAGAGGGAUGGCUGGGAGCGCCCACGCUGGGAGUUCACCCUGCGGAGGAAGCUGGGCGAGGGCUACUUCGGAGAGGUGUGGGAAGGACUGUGGAGGAACACAGUGCCGGUGGCCAUCAAGAUCAUAAAAGCUGACAUGAAAGCAGAAGACUUCACCAAGGAGAUUCAGAACCUGAAGCGCCUGAGGCAUGAGAAGCUGAUCCAGCUGCAUGCUGUCUGCUCACUGGAUGAGCCCGUGUAUAUCAUCACUGAGCUCAUGCGGAAAGGCAACCUCCACAGCUACCUCAACAGUCCUGAAGGGAAGUCCCUGGGCACCUCCCACUUACUCAACAUCGCCUGCCAAGUGGCGGAUGGGAUGAGGUACCUGGAGGAGAAGCACAUUGUCCACCGGGACCUGGCGGCCAGAAACAUCCUGGUUGGAGAGGAACUCACCUGCAAAAUUGCCGAUUUUGGACUUGCCCGGCUCCUCAAGGAUGACAUUUAUUCCACCAGCAGCAGCACCAAAAUCCCGGUGAAGUGGACAGCCCCGGAGGCAGCCAACUACCGCACCUACUCCCUCAAGUCUGAUGUCUGGUCCUAUGGGAUUCUGCUCUACGAAGUCUUCACGUAUGGGCAGAUCCCAUAUGAAGGAAUGACAAACCAAGAAACCGUACGGCAAAUCACCAGGGGCUACCGCCUUCCCCGGCCCAGCUCCUGCCCUCCUGAGAUCUACAGCAUCAUGCUGGAGUGCUGGAGUGGCAACACGGAGGAGCGUCCUACCUUCCUGGCCCUGCGGGAGAAGCUGGGCUUCAUCUACAGACGGCUGCUCAGCUCCCUCUCCUGAGGAACCCCUUCCCACCAUCCUUCCUGCACCAGCCCCUCCAGGCCAGCUCUUGCCAAGAAGCUCCUUUCUUCUGGUUUGCCCUCUGACAGGGCUCCAAGGAAAGCACAUCUGCCAAAACCAGCCCAUGGUCCCUCUCGGUCAGGAUGCAGGGAGGUAGCCAAGGGAAAAGGCAACGAGUUGUGGAGACCUCGAUGCCAGCACUUGGCUGUGUAGCAGUCUGGAAAAGCCCCAUGGUAGUGAAGGCAUCACUCAGAGUUUACAUCUUCAUUCAGCCAGUAGGGUGGGAGGUCCCUGCCGCUCCCCACGCCAACGUGAAGGUUUGCAGUUUGUGUUCAGUCGUGGCUCCGCUUGAUUUUUCUCGUAGUGU